UGGAAAAACAGUCCACGCGAGGCUCGUGAAAUCCACUCAGAGAGGUUUCUUCAGAAGAACACACGCCUCGGAUAUUGUUUUGGGGUGGAUUUUCUGUGUGUUUAAUACUCACGCACCUCAAGUUGUGACAUCACCAAAUUCCCAGUGUUCCCAGUGCAACUGCAAGCACCCAUUCUGUUGGGUUCUUCAGUGUUUACCGUCAUCAUCAGCCUUACCUAUGGAAUCUCACGCUUACCUUUAUCACCCUGGAAACAGUGAGCCUGAGGGAUGCUGGGAGUCUGAGUCAAAAAAGAGAAAUGUCUCUCAAGGAACCAGUUCAAGAAAAGAGCAUCAUGGGAUUGAAGAAGAAUCUGAAGAACAGGAGGAGAGAUGCACCUCCAGGGAAUCUGAUGAUGACCUAAAAACACUCGCAGCAUUAGUUCCCACUGCCGUUCCACCCAAAGCUUUGUUCACAGCUACAUCAAGAAUUCCCACAAUGCAUUCAGCCGCGACCAAACCGUGCAAUGAUGUCACUGCCAGCGCACCUGCGACGACGAUAUUAGCAUUGAAAAAACCUGCUUUGAGUCAUUCAUCUACAACACUUACAACCGAACCAGCUGUUAGAAGACCCAGCAGGUCAAAGUCAAGAUCCCCAAACAUGAGCCAGAAUUUAAAAACCCAAGUUGGUGCAAACAUUUCAUCCUCUCCUAAAAACAUCCACAAGGCAGCCACAUCAUCUGACCAUCCCAACAUUAUUCACAAAACGGCUUCUGCAUCCCAAAUUUCUUCUACAGGCUCGCUCAAGAUCCGGACGUCCCUCUCUCACAUUCCCAGAGCAACCUCCAGCCCCAAACUUAAACCAUCACCUUCAGCAUCUCUCAAAGUGGACAAAACUGAAGCUAACAGAAGAGAAAAAGGAAGGACGAAUGAUAGCGAACCGCAGCUCGGGACGGACCCCGCAGGGGCGGAAGAUGAUGUUGCUCUUCAGGGCACACGGGCGGAGAACGGUCUCGCAGGAAGUGACCUUAUCGCGCUAAACUCAGGUUGUAAACGUAACCCUUCUCCUAAAAAUGAGAAGCAGCCAUCAAACCCCUCGACAGCAGAAGACAAAAGUCACGCAAAUGUCACAACCCCAGAGAGACGACAUGACACGGAGAGAACGACAGGAGAGAGAAUGGAAGAUGAAAGGGCAGAGCGAAGGAAGGAAGUUGAGGUUAAGAAAAACACGGCCAUGAUGGAAAAGAUCAAAACUCGAAGAGUCAAGAAACUGAAGGAUGCAGAGAUGACGACGGUUGAAACUCAUGAUGCAGCGCUGCAGACGGAUCUGCUCCCGAUGUACGUUGACACGGAGGUCCAGGUGUUCGUGGAGGUCUCCGACAAAUCCACAGGUACGAGUCCAGUCCACAUCCAGCUGCCAAGCGUACUCUCACUGAACCCCACACCAAUGGGAGCCAAGCCUAGAUUUCUAGGUCCACGGCCUUACAAGUCCCCCAACGGCCGGAAACCCGUUCAACACGUCUGUCAAAUAGAAAUUGAGCUUUCCAGCCAGUCUGAUGUGUCGGGUGAGACGGCAGAACGGAAGAACUCCGAAAAGACGAAAGGAGAAAAGGAAGAAACCGUUACACCUCAGGACAUCGUCUGGGACGAGCAGGGAAUGACGUGGGAAGUUUAUGGAGCGUCGUUGGAUACGGAGUCGCUGGGAUUUGCCAUCCAGAACCACCUGCAGUGCAAGAUCCGUGAACACGAGCGGCGUAUCCGAACGCUCCGGAGGUCCACAUGUCUCUCUGAGCGGUCGCCUGGGGAGAGCGGGACGGGGAAGAGGAACGUUCUCAGGUCUCUGUUCACUGGAUCUAAGUGCCGCCUAAAACACAACCGGGAGCGUGUGGGACAUGACAACGUCUAAUAAACGUUUCGAAACAAAAGGCGCACAAGAUGAAAAGAGCUGUGGCCGUCACACGCUUCAUGUGGACUUGUGAUGUGUGUUUGUUCAUUAGGUGACCUUUUAUUAUCCAGAACGAUGCUCAAACAUGUGAUUUCGACUGUCACUGCUAUGAAUCGUUUAAUGUUUGAAACGGUUUUCACUCUUUGCACACUUUUCACAAACUUUUCGCACGAUAAAUUAUCAUCCAUAUCGAUAUCAAUAAUUAAAUUUAGGCCGAUAUUUUAUAGCCGAUAAAUUAUGAAUGAUUUCCUUCGGUUGAACCACUUAAGCUGCACGCUGCUCACAGUUCAAAUCCAGUACAGUACAGUCUUUCUGUCGUGAUCAUUCACUUCACUUUGCUAUUAGCAAAACACCGUCGAUGUAGUAUGUAGAUAUUUAUGAAUGUGUAAAUUAUAGGAACAAAAGCAUAUUGUUUGAAACCAACUGCUGUCUGAAUGCUUUCUGUCUGGAGACCUGUUAGACAUGUGGCUAUUGAGAACACCUUUCUGGGUUGCUCUGGAAGAACAUCUUUCAUUUGUUUAUGAAAUAAACCUUAUACCAGAAAAGUUUAAAACAAGAAUUAAAGAAUCUUUCAUUAGUGUAAAGUGGGCUUGGUACAUGAUUUUCGGGAGAAAAAAAUAAUUUUCAGUCUCAGAAAAUGUUAUAUUAUUUAGAUACUGUAUAUCGGCCAAUAUAUAUCGGUUAUCGGCUUCCAAU